AUGGGCUUGCUCAUGGUGAGGCCUUCGGCCGUCAGCUGCCCUCCCCUCAAACUGACACCUGGCCAUUACGACAUGGCCAAAACCUACUUUUUCAGGGGGAAUUCUUCCUGCUGGGGCAUGGACCCCUUCUCUCACCCAGAAGUCCAGGAGUCCUGUGGCUGCCUGAAGUGCCCCAGUGGAAGCACCAGGGCUCCCCACCUGACCGUCCGCCUGGGCCACAGGCUGCUCAACCUCUCCGGCCCCCCGGAGGAGUAUUUGCUGGCGCUGGAGGAAAAACCAAGGCUUGGAGGAUGGUCUUUUGGAGUGAGAAUCCCUGAUUAAGUUCAAGAUGCACAUUCAAAUAUAUCAAAACCCAGAACUUUGGCAAAGGGCCAUUAAGUUCUCUUUCUUUUCUGGGUGUGGUACAAUCAGAAGGGCUUUCAUUCCCUGCCAUCCUACCUAAGUCAUCUCAACAACCUUAUUCUGUGGAGGCUCUUCCCCCCUGUGGCAGACUGCAGGCAGUACGGAAUCACGCUCUACAGCCACCCAUUUGGAGGAGCCUUGCUGAACGAGGACAAGUUCCUGGAGAGCUUCCGCCAGUGCGGCAUCACCCUGUGCAUUGGAUUCUCCAUCCUGUUCGCGUCCAUCAGCAGCUGUGUGCGGGACAGGGUGACUGGGGCCACAAGGCUGCAGCACAUGAGCGGCCUGGGCUACAGGACCUACUGGCUCACGAUCUUCCUGUGUGACAUGCUCUUUUACUUGGUUUCUGUCUGCCUGUGUGUCGCGGUGCUCCUCGCCUUCCGGUUAGCGGCUUUCACUUUCCGGGGGAAGCUGGCAGCCACGGCCCUCCUGCUGGUACCUUUUGGAUGCGCGACUGUUCCGUGGAUGUAUUUCAUCUCCUGAAUCUUCUUCAGUUCGGACGUGGCUUUCAUCUCCUACAUCUCCCUGAACUUCCUCCUCGGCCUCUGCACCAUGCUGAUGACCGUCACGCCCUGGCUGUUGGCCUUUGUCUCCAAGGCUCAGAAUUUGCAGAACAUCUGCGACGUCCCCAAGUGGGUCUUCACUAUUUUCCCUCAAUUCUGCCUGGGUCAAGGCCUGAUAGAACUCUGUUACAAUCAGAUCAGAUACAACCUGACCCACAACUUCGGCAUCGAUUUGUACAUGAGCCUCUUCGAGAUGAGCUUCCUGGGCUGGAUCUUUGUGCAGCUGGCGGUACAAGGGAUGGUCCUUCUCCUCCUGAAGGCCCUGCUGCAUGGGGACCUCUGGCAGUGGCCCAGGGGUCACUCUGCCAUUCGAGGCACAGUCACAUCUUCCAAGGACGUAGAUGUUGAAAAAGAGCAAGUGAGGGUGUUGGAAGGCAGAACUAGUGGAGACAUUCUCGUGUUGUACAACCUUAAUAAGAGUUACAGAGGCUUCUUCAAGAGGGCUUACUCAGGGGAGAGGGAACCAGGAAGCCAGCUUAGGUCAGGAGACAUCAGGAAACAAGUGUUCUGGAAGGAGAUCAGUAAGAAUGGAAACGUCUCAGUUUCCACCACAGAAUCCCCAGCUAAGGAUAUCCAAAGGUUCAAGUGCUUUCGGCUUCUACAGGUGAACGGAGCUGGGAAAACCACCACAUUCAAAAUGCUGACCAGGAACCUGCCUCCAAGCUCGGGACACACCAUCCUCAGGACUCCCAUGGGAGAGGAUGUGGAUCUGGCUCUUGCUGGCACAGCCGGCAUCCACGUUGGCUACUGUCCGCAGCAGGACGCCCUGGAUGAGCUCCUGACCGGCUGGGAACACCUGCGUUAUUACUGCAGCCUGCGUGGGAUUCCAAAGCAGUGCAUCCCCAAAGUGGCCGGGGACCUCGUGAGGCUCCUCUACUUGGAAGCCCACGUGGACAAACCUGUGUCCACCUACAGCGGGGGGACCAAGAGGAAGCUGUCCACAGCCCUGGCCCUGCUGGGGAAACCCGACCUUCUCUUACUGGACGAACCCAGCUCGGAGAUGGAUCCCUGCUCGAAGUGGCACCUGUGGGAGGCGGUGACGAAUGAGGCACAGGAGGGCUGUGCCGUGGUCCUGAGCUCCCACAGCAUGGAGGAGUGUGGGGCCAUAUGCCCGAGACUUGCCAUCAUGGUCCAUGACAGCUUCCAGUGCCUGGGUUCCCCACAGCACAUCAAAAACAGGUUUGGUGAUAGUUAUACAGUCAAUGUUUGGCUCUGCAACGAAGCAAAUCAACACAACGCUGUUUCCGACUGCUUGAAGCUCUCUUUUCCAGGAAUCCAGUUUAAGGGGCAGCACCUUAAUUUAUUGGAAUACCAUGUGCCAAAAAGAUGGGCGUGCUUAGCGUUCAGAGUUCUGGAGGACAAUAAAAACUUCCUGAGUAUCAAAUAUUACUCCAUCAAGCACACCCCUCUGGAGCAGGUAUUUGUUAAUUUUGCGACUGAGCAGCAACAAACCGCACCACCUUCUGAUCCGUCCACCGGUCGUGAGCACCCACAGAACCUGCCUGUCUAA